GAAUUUAGUCCUGGCGCCUUGGUUUUUGACAGCCCUUUCCAUAUUGUCUCAACAGCCGUCAUACUGGGUGACUGCCAGAGCGCAUCGAGGGGACACUGAUGUGAGGUGAUCAGAUGGGGGAUUAGCAGGGAUGCAAAGUGUCCGCAUGGUGUUACCAGGGGGCAGAACGAUCCACGGGCUGCAUCCCUGUGUACCAGACUCCACUCAGAACAGAAAAGCAGUCAGCGACCAAAAAAUUGGGUCAUUAAGAGAAUUAUUACUCAACAUUGGCAUAUUUUGAAGGCGGAUCCCUUUCUUGCUUCAACUCUCCUCCCAAAACCAUGAUGUACGUACCGGCGAGCGGCUUCACUCAACACCAUACUGGCACCCAGCCAAGUGAAACGACAACUGCAACAAUACAGUCUCCCAGUGGCGUUGCGACCCAGGUGCGGGGGGUGCGGAGCGCACCGGGUGACACCAGCCUGGAGGGGUGACACCAUGGCCGCCAGCACCCCCCACAUCUGCACACAGUCACUCAACUCAGCCGGUAUUUGCAGCAUCGCCAGACAGAAGAGGCUUCUUUCAUGACCUGCAGGCUGCCGCACUCCAGUUUCAGCCCCCGACACAAUCCUAUCCCCCAGCCCCAGGAAGCUGCCUCUUUAAGACCUGCAAUGCUCUCUGGGAACAGAAGUGCCGUGCGCACGUCUGCUCCCUCCCCCGACGUGUCCCUGCCUCAUGUGCUCCGCAUCUGCAUGGGUGAUAAAUUCCUUCACAACCCCCGGACAUUCCUGGACCUGGAGCCGCCCGGGGAGAGGAGAAAGUGAAGACAAGAGACUGGUCCGAUUGGACCCGGAAGUAAUUUUACACUUAAUUUUAUACUUUGUUUUAAAUACCUGGUCAUUCAUUUGUUUGUCAUUGCCUGAUGAAGAGCCCGGGAAGGGCUAGAAAUGCUCCCUACUGUUUAGCGUUGCAUCCUUAUCCAAUAAAGAACCUUGCACUUUGAAGUCUGCGCCCCGGUUCGAUGUCCCAAUUUUUUUGUCGCUGACCGCUUUUCUGUUCUGAAGCUUCACCGUAUCCGUUGGAAUCACGGAGGGACCAGGAGGCCGCACUUCUCAUCUGAUAUGCCUGUCUAGAUGUUAUGCUCUGAGCAUAACUCAUUAAGGUAAGGGUCCAUCCUGCAGACCCGUCUUUUUUGCCAAUUCAUCCUAUUUGGGUUUACCUGCACGAGGUGCGCGCCUGUAUUUUUCUUUCUCCUGUUUAUUAGACUCCACCCAGGGAGAUGCUUGAGGUGAGCGGCACAGAACCCAGCCGGGGGCACCUUGUUCUUCUAUAUCCCGCUAAGGGGCCCCACAGCCCGGGAAGACUUUCCGAAGGUGCCGGUCCCACAGCAGCACAAGCAACAGAAGGGAAAAGUGACUGGUGACGCGCUCUCCCUGCUCUGCCGAUGAAGUUCUGAACACACUGCAGCCUCAGUGAUUGGCGGACUGGAGCACAAGCCCUGGAGGGUCUGGAUUGAUCGGAGUCCCCGUCACUGCAGGGACACCUGACGUGAAGUUUCCAAGGACGGACAUAGCUGAGCUGAUCGAUCAGGUCCUGAGAGUCAUGAAUUCCUUUAUCUGAUCCUGAAGGGUCGUCCUUUUCUCUGCUGGAAGAAAUGAGCUGAACCAGAAAGAUUCCACAAAAGUCUUUGUCGUAAAGCAGGAUCAUGUGACUGCUUGACUCCUCCCCUCAUCCAUGUGAUUGAUCACAUGACUCUGACAUCAUCGCAGGUCCUUUCUUACAACAUUAGAUCAUCUGUCCUUAUUGACCGACCAAGGAUGGAGAGAGACAGGAACAAGAUGGCCGACAGGAUAAUAAACCUCACCCUACAGAUACUCUUCCGGCUUACUGGAGAGGAUUACAUAGUUGUGAAGAAGUCCUCUAGUGGGCGCUGUCGGGCCCCUCUGUGUGAAGGAUGGGGAAGAACCCAGAACCCAAUCCCGGGGCCCCCACCUCCCUCCCUGAUACAUGAGGAAAUGGAUGAACAGAAGAUUCUAGAACUCAUCAACAAGAUGAUGGAGCUGCUGACUGGAGAGUUUCCUAUAGGGUUUGAGGACGUGGCUCAGGCUCAGUACAAGGAUCAGGUCAUGAUGGAGGAUCAGCAGCCCCUCACAUCACCAGACGGAGUCAUGAAUAGAAAUUCACCCGAGAGGUGUCCCCAUCUUCUAUAUUCCCAGGAUUGUCCAGAGGAAAAUGUCCCUGGGAAUCAACAGGGUGAAGAUCUGAUGAAUAUUAAGGUUGAGAUUAAAGAUGAAGAAGAAGAGGAGACGGAUUUCAUGGCCAAUCAGCAGUAUGGAGUCAUGGAUAGAAGUCCACCCGAGAGGUGUCCCCGUCCUCUGUAUUCCCAGGACUGUCCAGAGGGAAAUGUCCCAGAGAAGCAUCAGGGGGGAGAUCUGACUAAUAGUAAAAUGGAGGAUGAAGAAGAGAGGAUGAGGGGCCAUCACCCGUGUAUGAGGGAAGUGAAGGAGGAAAUUCCAGGAGGUGUUACCCCAGAAAAUCUCAACUGUGAUGAAGAUGUGAUGUUAUUGCUGAAUUAUAAAGAUGAAGAUGAGGAUGAAGAUACCAUGCAGGGCUCCUCAGAAGAUGAUCAUACACCACAACCUGUACUACAUCCAGGACAUCACAGUACAGAUAUCUCAUACAAUCCGCCGGAUAAUCAGGAACCUUCUCCCGACCAAUCACAAGUUGUUACCACAAGUACAGAGCGGAAAGGGGAGAAAAGGUUUCCAUGUGAUGAAUGUGGAAAAGUAUUUACAAGAAGAUCAACUCUCUUUAUGCACAGAAGAAGUCACACGGGAGAGAAGCCAUAUUCAUGUUCAGAAUGUGGGCUAUGUUUUACAAAACAAUCAAAUCUUGUUAGACAUGAAAAAAUUCACUCAGGAGAGAUGCUAUAUUCAUGCUCAGAAUGUGGGAAAUGUUUUCCAUGUAAAUUAGAUCUUGUUACACAUGAGGGAAUUCACACAGGAGAGAAGCCAUUUUCAUGUUCGAAAUGUGGGAAAUGUUUUAUCAAAAAAUCAUAUCUUGUUAAACAUGAGAAAAUUCACACAGGACAGAAGCUGUAUUCAUGUUCAGAAUGCGGAAAAUGUUUUAUAAAUCAAUCAAAUCUUGUUAAACAUGAGAAAAUUCACACAGGGGAGAAGCCAUAUUCAUGUUCAGAAUGCGGGAAAUGUUUUAUAGAGAAAUCAAAGCUUGUUAUACAUGAGAGAAUUCACACAGGGGAGAAGCCGUAUUCAUGUUCCGAAUGUGGGAAGUGUUUUAUAGAGAAAGCACAGCUUGUUACACAUGAAAGAGUUCAUACAGGAGAGAAGCCUUAUUUAUGUUCAGAAUGUGGCAGAUGUUUUAUAAGUAAAUCAGAUCUUGUUAGACAUAGGAGAAUUCACACAGGAGAGAAGCCGCAUUCAUGCUCAGAAUGUGGCAGAUGUUUUACAAGUAAGUCAGAUCUUGUUAGACAUGAGAAACAUCACACAGGAGAAAAGCCAUUUUCAUGUUUAGAAUGUGGGAAAUGUUUUAGAGAUAAAUCACAUCUUCUUAGACAUGAGCGAAUUCACACAGGAGAGAAGCCGUUUUCAUGUUCAGAAUGUGGGAAAUGUUUUACACGUAAACCAGCUCUUGCUAGACAUGAGAAAAUUCACAUUAGACAAAGAGAGUCUCAGCAGUAAAACCUUC